GGCCCCGAUCCUCGGUUCCCACGCCUUGCGCGAACCCGCGCGGGGGUGAGCGUACCCACACACGCUACUUACGCCCCACGAGCCCUCCAUUUCGUACGGCCUCCCAAAAAUCUCAAUCCAUUGCUUCUUCUUCCCUUCUCUCUCCAAGGGUGGAGGAGGGGGAGGAGGAGGAGGAGAGAGGAGAGAAUUUUCUCUCACGGGCCGGGUUAAGGGGCAUCGGAGCAAGGGAAGGACUCCCACCGCAGAAGUGGCUGCCUCCGUGGCGUCUUUCCUAGAUGGAUUACAUAUCCCCUGAGAGAAGUCUGGAUGGGACUUGUGGAGACCCUGGUCCUUUAUUUGGAGAUCAAGAUGGUUGCUUGUUGGAGCACAUGGAUUAUCAUGGUGAAGGAAUUACACAACCUGAAUCCCCACCACUGAAUGAUGGACUUUUAGUUGACGCAGCCGAUCAAAUUUCAUAUUUGUCUGCAGAUUCUGUACCCUAUAUGAAUGAUCAGAUUAUGUGCAAUACAAUGAAAUCUGCUUCAACUAGUCCAGCAUCUCCCCUGAAGCAAGACGAGGAACAUCAUGUGCAUAUAGAAUCUGAUAUGCAAAACGAUGCAGCUGAACGGAAAGUUCACCAUAAUGAUGACUGUGAAGUACGUACCACUUCUCCGGGUUAUGAUGUGCAUCAGAAUACAGAAGUGGUUGAAGGUGUGCUUCCUCCAGAGCUUCAUGAAAGCAGUGGUAAUGAUAUAUCAAACUUUCAACAAGAAACUACACAUUCUGAUGCCUAUCUUGGCGACUCUAUGUUAGCUGAUAAUAGCAGUAGGGAUUAUCAAUUUAGCAAUAGCGGUGAUGAUGAUGAUGAAAUUCCAAACUCUUCUGCGCCUCAGAUGGGAAAUAAGGACAACAGAAAGUUACAUGAGACUUUCCACAAUGAAGUGAAUGGGACAGAGGAUGAUCAAAUGAAUGGUGGGAAUUCUAAUCCUCAUGAUGAACAUGACAAUGAGAACUUCAACUCUGCAAUUGCACCUUCCUAUUUGGAUGGGAUGGAGCAGGAAGAUCCUGGUACCGAGAAUGGCAUUUCUACGCCUGGCAAUCAGUGGGAUUCUCCACCUGAAAGGGUGAUAAUUUGGCUGACUCUCGAAGCCCACCAGCAAGACAUCGGUCCCAAUCUCCUGGAUCUCCUGAAAACCAUGACACCAACCGUAGAAGAGCUCCCUCACAUGAGUUGUCUCCACAUGCACGGGAUAACUCUCCAGAAAGAAAAGCACAAUAUCGGCGUGGAGAUGGGUCGCCGCGCCGAAGAUCUACAUCCCCUGGAAGAAGAGAUGGGUCACCGCAGCGAAGAUCAGCUUCCCCUAAAAGAAGAGAUGGGUCACCGCGACGAAGAUCAGCUUCGCCUAGAAGAAGACAUGGUUCACCACGCCGAAGAUCUGCAUCCCCUAAAAGAAGAGAUGGGUCACCUCGCAGAAGAUCUCCAUCCCCCAAAAGAAGACAUGGGUCACCACGACGAAGAUCUCCAUCCCCUAAAAGGAGGCAUGGGUCACCACGGCGAAGAUCUCCAUCCCCUAAAAGGAGGCAUGGGUCACCACGGCGAAGAUCUCCAUCUCCUAAAAGAAGAGCCUCGCCCAAGAGGAGGGGUUCACCAAGGAGGAGGGAUUCCCCAACAAGGAGGGAUUCCUCUCCAAGAAGGAGAGACUCACCAAGAAAGAGAGAUUCCUCACCAAGGAGGAGGGAUUCCCCAACAAGGAGGGAUUCCUCUCCAAGAAGGAGAGACUCACCAAGAAAGAGAGAUUCCUCUCCAAGGAGGAGGGAAUCCCCAACAAGAAAGAGGGACUCCCCAACAAGGAAGAGAGAUAGAUCAAAAUCAAGGUCACCAUCAAGGAAAACUGAUUCCUCUAGACAUAAAAGGGAGCAUGGUAGAUCUCGAUCAAGGUCUCCACACUCUAGGAAUCACCAUAGAAGAUCUCCAAGAAGAAGGCAUUCACCAAGGCACAGAUCACCUCCAGCAAGGCAUCAUUCUCCUAAAAGAUGUUGGUCACCACCUGCCAACAGGAAGACUGGAUUGGGUAAGCCUGGGCGGAAUCUGUUUGUUGCAGGUUUUAGCUAUGCCACCACAGAGCGAGAGUUGGAGAAGAAAUUUGCAAAGUUUGGACGUGUAACAAGGGUGCGGGUUGUCCGAGAUAAACGAACUGGAGAUUCUCGAGGCUUUGGAUUUUUAUCCCUGGAGAAGGAUGAGGACGCUGAUGCAGCAAUCCGAGCUUGCGACGAGACUGAGUGGAAUGGUAGGAUCAUUCUUGUGGAGAAGUCCAAGGCACCUGCAUGGUGAAUCUUACACCCUAGAGCUCUGCAAACAAUGCUCUGGGUGGGAGGGACCGACCAGUUUGCACAGCUUUUAUCGUACCAACAGUAUAACAUAAACUAUUAAUUAUCAUUACAUGUGGCAAAGUUUACUUGAACCAGCUCUCUAUGCUGUACUAGGAGUAAGUAAUAAUGCACUUGCUAUGGCUGCCUUGCUGACAAUUAUUGAAGAAUAAGAUUAUAUGCCAAACCUUAGCUUGUUUCA